AUGAAUAGAGAACAUUUGGAUGAGCAUAAUUACUUUUUGAAUCUUCCUGAACAAAAUAUUGAGGAUGUAGAUGAAGAAGUCAACGUUCAAGAACAAGCAAUGACAUACAAAAUAAUUCCUGGUGUGAGACUUAAGUCUCAAAUAUUUGUGGACAAUUUAAAUCACCGAUACUACAAAAGUAAAAGUCGAAUUAAUAAAAUAUAUUUACAGGUACAAAACCUGGAACUAUGUCCAGCUCUUCAACAACAAUUACCAUUAAUGGCAGAAGGCGAAAGGGUUGGCAUAGUUUUUGCAAAUUUAGAUGCUAUUCAAAAGUAUAGGGAAGAGCUCUUUACAGUAACCGUUGCAGGUAUUGAUGGGACUUUUAAAACGGUUCCCAGAUGUCCACCUCAGUUCACCAAAGGUUGUCUUUUGACAUUUCAAGUGGUUUUAAAAAAUGUAUCUUUUCCAAUGGUUUAUGCGCUAACUUCAAAAAUGACCCAGGCUGCAUAUGAAUCGUUUUUGAUAAUUACUCGCCAGAUUUUGCCAUUAAACUAUGCGGAGCUAGUAAUUAUUUCAGAUUUUGAAAGGGGUUUAAUAAAUGCUGUAAAAUCAGUCAUUCCUGAAAGCAGAUAUCAGGGGUGUUGGUUUCAUUAUUGUCAAUCUAUAGUAAGGUACUGCAGAAGGACUAUGAAUAGUAUAUUCAAUCUCUUCCAAUCCAUUCCUGAGGCGGCUAAAAUAUUGCGCAUGAUCUUAGCCUUACCUCAUUUGCCAGCAGAAGUAAAUCCCAAUUGUAGGUUCACAAUUUUUGAUGGAUUCAGGGUAGUUGUUGAAUUUGCCAACCAACAUCCAAACAUUUCUCAACGUUUGGAGAUUUUUCUCUUUGGUUAUGUUCAAGAUUUUUGGCUAAUACAAAUUGGCGCUGCAUCUAUAAGUGUCUACGGUUCUGAUGUCCGCACCAACAAUUAUUUGGAGUCAUUUCAUGCAACACUGCUAAACCAAAUGGGAAAACAUCCAAAUAUUUGGGAUUUUUUGCAAAAACUGUUGCUGAUUGAAAAUCAGUUUUAUAUUGAAAUGGACCAAGUUCGAAGAAACCUUACAGUUAGAAACCAUAAGUCUAGAGUAGACAGAGCAGACGCAACGCGUAGAAUAAGGGAUUAUAUUAAUAUAUUAAAUGAGGAUGGGAACCUCUUAAUGUUCCUUCAAAGAGCAGGCCAUAUGAUGGACGGUUAUCUUCAUGGGCAAGUUGGCCCACAGCCAUAA